AUGGUGGAGGUGUUAUCCUCUAAGGGUGAAAACAGGGGUAAAUUUAAGAAGGAACACUAUGGAGAGCAAGGUGGCAGGGAAGAAGUGGAGACACGAGGUGCCGAAGGUGAAGGCUUGGAUGAGAAAGAUGAAAGGUUUGGUACAUACAAGGAGAAAGAUCUUGAUCUGCAUAAGAAAUUUACUGAGUCGACAAGGAAAAGAAAAGUCAGAAAGGAAGUUGAGGAACUUACAGAGAAAAUGGGAAUAUCUAAAGAAGUUGUGCAAAGGGCUAGGGAGCAGAACAUAUUGAAGGAGGAGGAUAUGGUGAAGCCCAAAAAGAAAAAACCAGUCUCCACUCCUCCCAAGCAAUCAAAGCCAGGACAGUCCCAAACUGCACCUACCUCCUGUGCUCAGAAGCCUACUCCUCCACCCAAGCCACAAUCCAAGUCAACCGGUGGAGCUGAGAAAAGGAAGAAUGAGAAUUAUCAAAGGGAGUAUGUUGUAGCCACUGUUGGGGAUGAAACAGAAUCUGAUGAGGCAGUGAAAGAGGUGAAGAAGACAGCCACUUAUGCAAGAGGAGUGAAAAAGCCACAAUCUGGUGGAGCCCAGUCAUCCGCUCGAGCUAGAGUGAGAAAGAAGCAUAAAUCUAAAUUGGAUGAAGCUAUGAAAUCCAACAAAGUUGAAGAUCAAUCUUCUGAGAAUGGUGUUCCGGAAGAGCAUACCAGUGUGCAUACAAUAGUUGAUGAUCCUAAUAAUGCUAACAUUGAUACCUCCGGUGAAGUUGUGUUGGAUCCUCUGGUGAUAGAAGUUAUUUCAAAAAAGGUAGCUGAGGAGAUAGAUGAUGCAGAAAAGGGUGAAGAUGAUGGUAAAGGUGAGAGUGUUGAGGUGCCAGAAAAGGAAAAAGGAGAGAAGAAGGAAGAUCAAUGUCUGGUGACAGUGGCAAGAGACAUUGUUGUUGAUAAAUGA